UGUGCUGUAAAUCAGUGGGAACUGAUCUGUCCAUGCUGGAUAUUGAUGAUUUCAUCACAGAAAUCUGUCAGCUGAAGAAAGAGGUGAAGUUACUGGAGGAAAAGCUGAGGACAAGAGGAGAUGAACUCAACACAGAGAUUGUGGUAAAGGUCGAGUCAAACCCCACAGACGCUCAGGACACUGUGUGUGACAGUAAUCACACCUUGAAUCAGGAUGAAUCUACUGAUCAAACCUCCACAGAGUCUCUGGAUUCUGUCUGUAACGCUGGAGAACAGCAGAUCCUGAACACCAGACCACUGAACAUGUGUUCUGUCACACUGAUGGACUGCAGGAAACUGAUGGAGAUGAGAAGACAAACCACAGUAAAGAAAGAACAGACUGAUGAAGAUCAAGCUUUGUUUUCUUCACUGAAACUGAUGAACGGCGGGAACAUGAUGGAGAUUAAAAGAGAACCCACGUCAGAGGAAGAACAGACUGAUGAAGACAAGAAUCACAAUGAAGAUUUUAUUCCUUCAGGGAGAGGUGUGUUUGCACUUGAUCACACUGAACCGUCCGCCUUUGUUGUAGAAUGCCGUGGAGUUCUUUCUCAAAGUAAACACAUUGAAGACAUUCAAACCAACAACACGUUCGAUUUCACAUGGAACGGAAUAGGUUAUUGCAUAGAUGCUUCAAAUGAAGGUGGAUCGCUUGGACGAUUUGUAGAUGAAGAGAAUUCACAUGUAGAAGAUCUCAAUGUUGAAUGUUCCAGUUCUGAAGAAAGCAAAUGUGAUGAAGAAAACACUCUUUACUCUGAAAAAAGUGCAAAACGAUCCGCUGAUGACUCCCGACAAAAUAGUGAUAGCGACGAGAAUCUGUCUACCAAUACACGGAAUACACAACCUAAGAAUCCCAAGACAACAUCAGCCGUUUCAAAGCCUUCCAAGAGUGUCUUGGAAGGCUUAUCCACCAAGCAAGACACGAUUAGCGACAAUUCCAGCUCUUCUAAAGAAAUCACAUGUGAUGAUGAUCAUGAUACAACACCAACAAAAUGCGCUGAUAUUGACCGCAAAGACACUUUUUCCACCCAUAAAAAUUACUGUUAUGUGUGCAAGAAACCUCAGUCAAAAAUUGCCCGUCACUUUCAAAAGCAUCAAGACACUGAGACAGAAAUCGCAGCUGCAUUAGCGCUCCCUAAACACUCCAAGGACAGAAAACGAUUACUCGAGAAGCUCCGAAACCGAGGAAACUAUGAACAUAAUCAAGAAGUGAUGAUGAGUAAGAAUGGACCACUGAAAGUUCGAAGGCGUCCAGUAAGAUCAGAGAUCGGACUGCGGACCGAGACAUAUGUACAUUGUGUGUACUGCAGAGGACUUUUUGUCCGCAAAGAGCUGUGGCGGCAUACUCGGAGAUGCCCUUCGAAGACUUUUUCAGAGUCUGAAGCAACUGGUAAAGCAAAUGUCUUAAUUUUGGCCGAUAUUGCAGAGUCGACUUUCUCCCAGGCAAUAUCUCCUGAGGUGUGUGAGAUUUUGGCAGAUAUGAAGAAUGAUGACAUUUCAUCAGUAGUCCGAAAUGAUUUCCUCUUACUGCAGCUGAGUCAGUGCCUUUACAACAGGCACAGAAGUGACCCAACGAAAUCGGAAUAUAUCAGACAGAAAGUUCGGGAAAUGGGCAGACUCUUGCUCAGUUUGAGAAGAAAAUUCUCCAUAUUUAGCUUCGAAGAUGCUGUGAAACCCAACAGUUUCUACAAAGUCAUCGAGGCUGUCAAAGAUGUGUCCGGCUAUGAUGAAAAGAGCCACUCGUAUAAGACGCCAAGUCUUGCUCUCAAGUUGGGACGUUUGCUUAACAACAUUGGUGACAUUAUUCUCUGCCGAGCGAUCGCGGCAGAGGACGAUGAUAUGACAAGAGCAGCGAAGCAAUUCAAAAGACUGUGCUCAAAUGAAUGGGCAGAAUGUGUCUCUCAUGCAGCUCUUGCUGCUUUGAGCAAAUCAAAAUUCAACAAAGCAUCUUCUCUGCUGUUAACACAAGACGUGCAGCUUCUUAAUCAGUACCUAGAGGAGAAAUCGUCAGAUGCCUUUUAUAGCCUAAAAAACCAUGAGUCUACAGAGACGUAUGAAGAACUCGCCAAACUUACCCUUGCACGGGUCGUAAUCUUUAACAGUCAUCGGGUGGGAGAGAUCUCAAAAAUGACGGUUGAGUGUUUUUUGAAAAGACACCAAACUGAGCUCCAUCAGGACAUUGCUCUCAGUCUCUCUCCUUUUGAGCAAAAAAUGUCCAAGCGUUUCAGCAGAGUCGAAAUACUGGACCAGAGAGGGAGAAAGUUUGCCGUUUUGUUAAACCCUGAGCUUGCCAGAGCAAUGCAGCUUAUCUUGGACAAGAGAGACGCAUGUGACGUGGACAAGGACAACCCCUUCCUAUUUGGAAGACCUAACUGCUCGGCCGCCAGCUUCUUCAGUGGGCAGGACUGCAUCAGGCUUUUCGCACAUCUGUGUGGUGCAAAGAACCCUGAAGAUUUCAUGUCCACACAGCUUUGUAAGCAGGUGGCCACCAUUUCCCAGAUUCUCAGUCUUAAGGAUAAUGAAUUGGAUCAGUUGGCCAGUUUUUUGGGCCUUGACAUUCGGCUCCAUAGUGAUGAUUUUCGCUUGCCUGACGCAACUCUAGAAAUCUCAAAAAUCUCAAAAAUGCUACUGGCAUUGGAGAAAGGAACUCUCGCAACCUUUCAAGGAAAAUCUCUCGAUGAAAUUGAGAUUGAAGAUGAAAUUGAUCUGGAAUUGGAUGAGGAAGAAAUAAGUCAUGAAGAGAAUGAAGAGUCAGAUCCUUUACAUGGAGUAAUGGGAAUCAAAAGAAGGAUUGAGUCGACCCAGGAUGAGGCAGAGACUUCAAACGGAAUCAAAAGAAGGAUUGAGUCGACCCAGGAUGAGGCAGAAUCUUCAAACGAUAUCAAAUUAAGGAGAAUUGUGAGGCCAUGGAGACCAAAUGAAGUGAAUGCUGUAAUGAAACAUUUCAAAGGCCAUAUUUUAAAGGGACACUUCGCGACAAAGGCAGAGUGUGAGAAGUGCAAGAAUACACAAGACCCUGUUCUAAGAGAGAGAACUUUACAAAACAUAAGGGAUUUCGUGAGAAACCGAGGUUUGAUGUUGAAAAAGAAAUGUUCUUAGAGAGAUCAGUGCUGCCAUUAAGGUUUGGGGCUUUUGUUCAAGUUCUGUGAGUGGCUGUAGAAUUUAUUUUGUGUUAAAGACAUUGUUUUUAUUUAGAUUAAGACACUGUACACAUUUCUUGUUCCAAGAUUUGAUGUAGAUUUUUUUUACUGGAAAGUUCAGUGCUCUCUUCUAUUAAGCUUUGGUUGAGCCAGACAAAUUCACAAAUUGAAGUCUGUAACAGACUCAGCAAUAUAUUUCAAGACAUAUUGUUCUUUUGUCUGCUUUUGUUUUAAUGAUUUAACAAGAAAAAAAAAUUGUGUGCAUGUGACUUGAAAUAAAACC